CACCGGCCACCCGCUCUGAAGUUGGAGAGGCAGCCUCCGAGGCACUCCCCCUGCUGCCGCCCCGCCGUUUCCAAGGGGCUCAGAAACCAGUUUGUUUCUCUCCCGGGUAGUGUGUACCUGGCUCACAGGGCGUUGCCCGGGUUGGGGCCGAGUCCAGCCUGAGCGGUCAGGCCAAGGCUGUUGUCAGGCGUGGGAGUCUCACUGCCCCCUUCAUAGUGGGCUGCCAGCUGCUGGUUGGAGACUCGGUUUCUCUUUCAGGAUGUCAUUUUCGAAAUGCGGGAUGAUGCCUCUGCCUCUUUAGGUCCAAUAGGAAGAUUGCUACACCUAGACUUUUGCUCAUAGAUCAUCACCGUUAUCCCUACUAACGGCCUGUGUCGGUGAGCCUAUCAGUUAAGAUGCCUUAGAAAAAUAACUAUGGAGAAGUAUGCUAGACUACAGAAGAUUGGAGAAGGUUCAUUUGGAAAAGCCAUUCUUGUUAAAUCUACAGAAGAUGGCAAACAAUAUGUUAUCAAGGAAAUUAACAUCUCAAGAAUGUCCAAUAAAGAAAGAGAAGAAUCAAGGAGAGAAGUUGCAGUGUUGGCAAACAUGAAGCAUCCAAAUAUUGUCCAGUAUAGAGAAUCAUUUGAAGAAAAUGGCUCUCUCUACAUAGUGAUGGAUUACUGUGAAGGAGGGGAUCUUUUUAAACGAAUAAAUGCUCAGAAAGGCAUUUUGUUUCAAGAGGAUCAGAUUUUGGACUGGUUUGUACAGAUAUGUUUGGCCCUGAAACAUGUACAUGAUAGAAAAAUUCUUCAUCGAGACAUAAAAUCACAGAACAUAUUUUUAACCAAAGAUGGGACAAUACAACUUGGAGAUUUUGGAAUUGCUAGAGUUCUAAAUAGUACUGUAGAACUGGCUCGAACUUGCAUAGGGACCCCGUACUACUUGUCACCUGAAAUCUGUGAAAACAAACCUUACAAUAAUAAAAGUGACAUUUGGGCUCUGGGAUGUGUCCUUUAUGAGUUGUGCACGCUUAAACAUGCAGAAAAAAUUAGAGACUGCCAAAGUGAUAUGGGAUGGUCAUUAUUAGAUCUGUAUGUAGAAGAAUGGCUACAUAUGGGUAGCAAUUCUAUUGGACAGCACAGCAUAGUGAUUCCAGAAUCUUCUUGGAGUCUACAUGUCCCAUCUCUCAAUUCAUAUUUGCAUUCACACUGUGGAAAAGAAAGACUCAAAUUCAAACAAUGGAAGAAAUUACCCAAUAGGGAGCAGCCUGGAGUUGGAAGGAAAAAAUGCAUUGUGAUUAAUGUAUUUUUUUUUAAAGUUAAAAUCUUUUCUUACUUACUUUCCCCCCUCUUUCAAUCUAAGCUUAUUGCAGAAGAAUUUUGUCUAAAAACAUUUUCCAAAGGUGGAGCGCAGCUUAUACCAGCUAAAAGACCAGCCUCAGGACAAAGCUUGGCUUCUGUUGUGUCUGCUCAGCAAAUUACAAAGCCUGCUGCUAAAUAUGGAGUGCCUUUAACAUAUAAGAAAUAUGGAGAGAAAAAAUUACAUGAAAAGAAGCCACUCCAAAAAAAUAAACAGGCCCAUCAAACUCCAUUGAAGAAAGUGAAUCCUGGAGAAGAAAGGAGGAAAAUGUUUGAGGAAGCAGCAAGAAAGAGAAGGUUGGAAUUUAUUGAUAAAGCAAAGAAACAAAAAGAUCAGAUUAGUUUAUUGAAGGCUGAACAGAUGAAAAGGCAAGAAAAGGAAAGGUUGGAGAGAAUAAAUAGGGCCAGGGAACAAGGAUGGAAAAACGUGCUAAGUGCUGGAGGAGGUGGUGAAGUAAAGGCUACGUUUUUUGGCAGUGGAGGGGCUGUGGCUCCAUCAUCUUUUUCUCCUCGGGGACAAUAUGAACAUUAUCAUGCUAUUUUUGAUCGAAUGCAGCAACAAAGAGCAGAAGAUAAUGAAGCUAAAUGGAAAGGAGAAAUAUAUGGCCGAAGGCUUCCAGAAAGGCAAAGGGGGCAGCUAGCUGUGGAAAGAGCUAAACAAGUAGAAGAGUACCUACAACGAAAAUGGGAAGCAAGGCAGAAUAAAGCUCGAGCUGAAGGACAUAUGGGAAUCCUGCAAAACCUGGCAGCUAUGUAUGGAGGCAGGUCCAGCUCUUCAAGAGGAGGGAAGCCAAGAAACAAAGAGGAAGAGGUUUAUCUUGCGAGGCUGAGACAAAUAAGAUUGCAGAAUUUCAAUGAGCGCCAACAGAUUAGAGCCAAACUCCGUGGUGAAAAGAAAGCAGCUGAUAAUUCUGAAGGACAAGGAAGUGAGGAGGCUGACAUGAGGCGUAAAAGAGUUGAAGCUCUUAAGGCCCAAGCAAAUGCACGUGCUGCUGUACUAAAAGAACAAUUGGAACGAAAGAGAAAGGAAGCAUAUGAGAGAGAAAAGAGAUCGUGGGAAGAUAAUUUGGUGUCUAAAGGAGUAAAGGGUUCUGAUAUGUCUCCUCCUUUGGGACAGCAUGAAGCAAGUGGCUCGCCAUCAAAGCAUCAGAUAAGACCUGUUAUUUCUGUGACUUCAGCCUUGAAAGAAGUGGGUAUGGACAGAAGUUUAACUGAUACCCAGGACACCUCAGAAGAAAUGCAAAAGACUAACAAUUCCAUUUCAAGUAAACGAGAAAUACUACGGAGAUUAAAUCAAAAUCUUAAAGCUCAAGAAGAUGAAAAAGGGAAGCAGUGUCACCCUGAUAUGGGUGAGGUAAUUGCGCAUGAAAAUGCCGAAAAGCAUGAAAAAGAAAAGUUGAUUUCACCUGAUCGCAAGAAGUGGGAGGCAGGAGGUCAACUUGUGAUUCCUCUGGAUGAGUUUGCAUUGGAUACAUCCUUCUCUGCAACUGACAGACAUACAGUGGGAGAGGUUAUUAAAUUAGAUCCUGGAGGAUCUCCAAGAAGAGUCUGGGGAAAAAGCCCUACGGAUUCUGUUCUAAAGAUACUUGGAGAAGCUGAACUACAGCUGCAGACAGAACUAUUGGAAAACACAACCAUUACAAGUGAGAUUUCUCCUGAAGGGGAGAGUUACAAACCCUUAAUUGCUGGAGAAGAACAAGUAAAUUGUAUUUCACUUGAAAUGAACCCAUCAGCUACUGUUGAUUCUUCUGUUGAGACAAACAGUCCAAAGUUUAGGGAGGUGUCUCCACAGAUAUCAUUGAAACCAGAAGGAAAUGUGGAUGAACCUGAUGAUUUGGAAACAGAAGUUCUAGGAGAGCCAUGUGGAACAAACAAAGAAGAUGGCUUACCUUUCCCUGUAACUGAUGUAUGGAUUAGUGAGACGAAGGAAACAAAGGAAACUGAAUUAGAAGAUAGGAUCACUAUUCAGCAAAAUGAAGUUUCUGAAGAAGGAAUCUUAAGGAAGGUGGAUCAACUUAGUGAAGUUCAUAUAGAACCUGGAAUAGGUGAUUCUCCGCACUCUAAAUGUGAUGUAGAUAAAUCUAUGCAUCCAGAACCAUUUUUCCAUAAAGUGGUUCACCCAGAACACUUGAAUGUAGUCUCUCAAAUUCAGUCCAUUCUGUGUUCACCAGAAGAAUCCUUUCCACUUCGAUCUCACUCUGGUUCACCACCAAAAAGGAAAAACAAGAAUUCCUUGCUGAUUGGACUUUCAACUGGUUUAUUUGAUGCAAACAACCCAAAGAUGUUGAGGACAUGUUCACUUCCAGAUCUCUCAAAGCUGUUCAGAACACUGAUGGAUGUUCCCACGGUAGGAGAUGUCCGGCAAGACAACCUUGAAAUGGAUGACAUUGAAGACGAGCACAUUAAAGAAGGACCUUCUGAUUCUGAAGACAUUGUGUUUGAAGAAACUGACACAGAUUUACAAGAGCUUCAGGCCUCUAUGGAGCAGUUACUCAGAGAAGAACCUGGGGAGGAAUAUAGCGAGGAGGAAGAAUCAGUCCUGAAGAACAGUGACCUAGAGCCGACUGUGAACGGGACAGAUCCAGCCGAUGAGGAGGACAAUCCCAGCAGCGAAAGCGCUCUCAAUGAAGAGUGGCACUCGGAUAACAGUGAUGGUGAGAUAACUAGUGAGUGUGAAUAUGAUAGUGUCUUUAACCAUUUAGAGGAACUGAGACUUCACCUGGAGCAGGAAAUAGGCUUUGAAAAGUUCUUUGAAGUUUAUGAGAAAAUAAAGGCUGUUCAUGAAGAUGAAGAUGAAAAUAUAGAGAUUUGUUCAACAAUAGCUCAGAAUAUUUUGGGAAACGAACAUCAGCAUCUUUAUGCAAAGAUUCUUCAUUUAGUCAUGGCAGAUGGGGCCUAUCAGGAAGACAAUGAUGAAUAAUCCUCAGAACAUUUUUUAAUCCUCACCUGUAUGAAAGCAUUUGAAUUUGGCUCAUCAGAAUAACAAAUUUCAGUGGGACUGUAGCAAUCUUUUAUAAAUGAUAUGUCAGAUUUAAGAUGGGCAUGCUGAUUGCAUGAAAAAGUUGGACAAACAUGACAUUUUUCAGUUAAGAUUCUAGUAUUUUAUCUAUUAUAUUUUGUUUGUUGAGUUCUAUAGUUGCCUCCUACAGACUAUAUACUUCAUUAAAUCUUCCAACCAAAGCAUAAGAGACAUUGAUCCAGAAUUGGGCAUAAUGGUUUUGAAGAAGAUGUAUCAUGAAGUAAGGUAACUUUUACUUUCAGCAAAUGUCCUUAGGUUGAAAGAAUUACUUACGUUGUGAAAGACCUGCCUGUGGUUUUUCCUUUAAGCAUUUAAAUAUGGCCCUUUUUUUCUGUCUACUUGUUUUCAUGACCAGCAAUUAGGUAUUAAAUAACCUUGUCAAGGGCUCUAUUUAAAUCUUUACAUUUUGAAGAUGGAUUUUUUUAGCCUUAAAGUUUAUAUGCUCAGCCCUUUUUCAACCGUGUGUCUCCUGAACUAGCUGAGUGAAAACAGGCUAUAGAAACAGUCUUAGAAAUAGUUGAAAAUUUUGAUUAUGAAAGAAUAACAAAAUUAUAUUUCCUGAUGUUAAAAAUGUUGAUUACUUCUGUUUCUUUUUUUAAAAGACUGGAACCAGAAAUAUUAUAUCUAAAAAUUAGUCUGUGGAUUUUAACAUCAACCUAGCAUAUAGCAUAAAGUUGCCCUUUUUGUUUUUAAUGUUCUCUCAUGCAUGUGCUUUUAUGAGAUGAAAAAGGAGAAAGGAAUCAUUUUUGACACUGACAGUUUUGGUAACUGUUAUUCCAUAGGGGGGAAAUGUUUGCCUCUUUAUUUCCAUUAUGAGAGGAUCAUUAAGAUUGUAGUCACACAGCUUCAAUUGCAGUAUGCCAGGUUUCAGUAGCAAUGUAUAAAGUCCAGAUGCUUUUCGUAAUAAAAGUAGAUUUUUUGAAACUUGAGUACAAAGCAGCCUGAUUGGCAUAAUCUAUAAUUUGAACAAUAAAAUCUAAUCUUGCAGCACUAUCAGUACCAUGCUGAAUUUAUUAUGUAUAUUAUUUCUAGCAUCCAAAACUAAAUACUUGACUUUUAUAAAUUUGUUUAUUUUGUAAUAUUACAAUUAAAUUUUUAUUAUCUACCUGAA